GGGCCCAACGGGAAAUCUUCUCUCUCUGCUUGCCGGCCGCCCCUCCCAGCUUCCCUCCUCCCCUCUUUCCGGCGGACCUUCCCACCCGCCGCCCCUCCCUCGGCCGCACCGCGGCGGCCGUCCUGCUCCGCCUCUUCUUCCGCCGGUUAGCAUCUGACAGCCAUGGCGAAGCACCAUCCUGACCUGAUCAUGUGCCGCAAGCAGCCCGGCAUCGCCAUCGGGCGGCUGUGCGAGAAGUGCGACGGCAAGUGUGUCAUCUGUGACUCAUACGUGCGGCCAUGCACGCUGGUCCGUGUCUGCGAUGAGUGCAACUACGGGUCGUUCCAAGGGCGUUGCGUCAUCUGCGGUGGCGUGGGCAUCUCGGACGCCUACUACUGCAAGGAGUGCACGCAGCAGGAGAAGGACAGGGACGGGUGCCCCAAGAUCGUCAACCUCGGUAGCGCCAAGACUGAUCUGUUCUACGAGCGCAAGAAGUAUGGGUUUAAGAAGAGGUGAUGGGAGAAGCUGUUGCUUUCAGUUUCGCUUGGCCUCUUGAUCAGUUGUAUUCGUCGAUACCGGGAGUAGGAUGUAGUGGCAAUGGUUUGCUUUUCACAUUAUGUUAAUGGUGAUGGAUGGUGCCUUGCAAUGUGAACUGAGAUGUGCCUUUUCUGUCCCGUAAUUUGCAUCUGAUUUUGGCUAACUGAUGUAAGAUUAGCGACUUGCAGUUGAGCAUGCCUGAUGUGCCUGACACAGUGUUAUCUAUCAGCUGGGCAAACUGAUUAGUGAAUGAGAAUAUGGGCCCAGAAUGUUACCAUGUUUAUA